CAAAGGAAUACACAAUCACUGACAGCGCUGAUUACUUGGAUUUAUCCUCGUCUGAUGAAGAAAUAGCAGUAUCGGUUGAUCGGGAAGACAGAGGAACACGUGCAUACAGUUUUGAACCUCUGGCUGUAAAUAAUGGUCCAUGGGGUCGAUGCAUGGGCAGUGAGUGUGGCCCAGGUGGUAGCCAGAGCAGAGCGGUAUGGUGUGCUCACUCCGAAGGUUGGACCACUUUACACACCAACUGCGACCAGGCAGAACAGCCAAACAACCAACAAAGCUGCUUUAGGGUGUGUGACUGGCACAAAGACCUGUAUGACUGGCAACUGGGUGCAUGGAACAAAUGUGUUCCUGUGUCACUGCGCAGUGCAGGGGUGCAAAGACCCACUCUGUGCACUCGGGGCAAGGAGGGUAUACAGAACCGUGAGGUGGGCUGUGUCCAGAAAGUCACUGGUGAGCCAGCAGAAGAUGUAAUCUGUGAAUACUUUGAACCUAAACCCCGUCUUGAGCAGGCCUGCCUCAUCCCUUGUCCUCAGGAUUGUGUGUUAUCAGAGUUCAGUCCAUGGACACCCUGUUCAAAGACUUGUGGGAUGGGCCUGCAGAACAGAAUUCGCAUUGUUCUUGCUCCACCAUUAUUUGAUGGGGCAGCAUGUUUAAACCUGACAGAGUUUCAGACAUGUCAACCAGGACUGUGUGAGGAAGAGGAGAGCCUAUACAGUCUACGAGUUGGAUCCUGGGGGCCAUGCUCUCUACCAGUCUCAAGACAAGCCAGACAAUCUGACAAAACAGCCAUCGAGAGUGACAGACCAUUCAAACAAAAUGUUAAACCUCCAAAAGAUGAGAGGAAAAAACAAUCCAAAAGAGGGGACAAACGGACCAGAGAGGGUGACAAACAGCUGAAAGAAGGGGACAAGCGGUCCAUACGAGGUGACGAACUUUCCAGAGAGGGAGGCAAACCACAAAGAUCCAUCAGGAUAUUAGACAAGGUGAACAAAAAACCUGACAGACCAUCCCGUGAGACAGACCAUCCUAAACAACACAGAAAGGCUAAAAACAAAGAAAAGCGUGAAAAAAUCCGAGAAAAAGCCAGAGAGAGGUUGAGGGAAAGAGGAAAGGUUAAGGACCCUGUGACACGAGAGCUCAUCAAAAAGAAACGUAACAGGAAUCGUCAGAAUCGCCCUGGAGGAAAGUUUUGGGAUUUGCAAAUUGGGUAUCAGACAAGAGAAGUCACCUGUGUGCACAAGAGUGGGAGUGUUGAAAUGCUAAGCUUAUGCUCUAAUGAAGCGGUGCCAGUGACCUACCAAGCCUGUGUUGUCACUAAAGACUGUGAUGUGACCGACUGGUCUGAAUGGUCACAUUGCUCCAAGGAGUGCUAUGACCCAAAUGGGCCUAAGGGUGAACAGACCCGCACAAGAAAAGUGAGUCAGUUCCCCACUGGAGGAGGAGCCGAGUGCCCUGAGCUGGAGGAGAAACAGCCAUGUAGUCCUCAGGGAGAAACAGUGGCACCCUGUAUUGUUUACAAUUGGAAGACCACUGAGUGGACGGAGUGCAGGGUGGACAUGCUUCUGAGUCAACAGGACCGUCGCAGAGGAAACCAGACUGGGUUGUGUGGAGGUGGGAUUCAGACUCGGGAUGUUUACUGUGUCCUGGCCAAUGCAGACACGACACCCAAUCUCAGUUCUCUCAAAAUCAAAGAAGCACUGCGGCCAGUCAACAGUGAUCUGUGUUCUGGGAUUCCUCCUAACACCACCCAGCUCUGCCAUAUUGACUGUCCGGUCGAGUGUGAGGUGUCAUCCUGGAGUUCCUGGGGACCCUGCAUCUUUGAAAACUGUCAGGAUCAAACUGCUAAGAAAGGGUUCAAAAUGAGGAAACGCAAGAUUGUCAAUGAUCCAACAGGCGGGACAGGAAAUUGCCCACACUUGGUGGAGGCAAUACCAUGCGAAGAUCCCAGAUGCGAUGACUGGCUAGUGGUUAAAUUAGAAGACUGCAUCCCUGAUAAUGAGAAGAAAUGUGGACCAGGAAUACGAAAUCCUCAAGUUCAGUGUGUCAACAGUGAUGGUAAACAUGUUGACAGACAACUCUGCCGUGAUGCCAUCCUGCCGAUGCCAGUCAUCUGUGAGGUGCCUUGCCCAAAGGACUGUGCACUCAGUCCUUGGACCCUGUGGUCCCUCUGCUCCCACACCUGCUCUGGAAAAAAUACAGAGGGCAAGCAGACAAGAACACGCUCCAUUUUGGCCUACAAUGCAGGAGAUGGUGGAAUUCCAUGUCCCAAUAUCAGUGCCCUGCAGGAGGUGAGGAGCUGCAAUGACAACCCCUGCACUGUCUACCACUGGCAGACUGGACCAUGGGGACAGUGUAUAGAGGACACCUCCAUCCCAGCCAACAAUAUGUCUGUGGGUCACACACAUGGAGAUGAUUCCGCGUGCUCAGUAGGGAUGCAGACUCGUAAAGUCAUCUGUGUCCGGGUAAAUGUGGGCCAGGUUCCUCCCAAAAAGUGUCCAGAGAGUCUGCGUCCAGACACUGUCAGGCCAUGCUUACUGCCUUGCAAAAGAGACUGUUUUGUUACACCAUACAGUGAGUGGAAUCCCUUCUCUACAACUUGUCAAAAAGGUGGUAAGGCAAAGAAGAAACAGUACAGAAAACGCAUAAUCAUCCAGUUACCAGCCAAUGGAGGGCAAGAGUGUCCAGAUGUGCUGAUACAAGAAAGAGAGAUUGAAGCUCCCUCUGUCUGUCCAGGAUACAGAUGGAAAACACACAAAUGGCGAAGAUGCCAAAUCGUUCCAUGGUCAGUUCGUCAAGACAGUCCUGGAGCUCAGGAAACUUGUGGAUCAGGCCUACAGGUUCGAGCUGUUUCGUGUCGGAAGCAGGACGGUGGACAGGCUGAUGUUGAAGCUUGUCUCAAGUUCUCCAGGUUGAUGCCACCUCUCACCCAACUCUGCCAGCUGCCUUGUCAGGAGGACUGUCAACUGAGUAGCUGGUCUAAAUUUUCCCCUUGCACAGUGAACUGUGUUGGCGUCAGGGUUCGCAAACGGAUGCUUAUGGGUAAGAGCAAAACACGAGAUCAGUGCAAGAACCACCAGAUAUAUCCCCUGAGUGAAACUCAGUACUGCCCGUGCAACAAAUACAAUGCCCAGCCUGUGGGAAACUGGUCCGACUGUAUACUUUCCGAGGGCAGCCGCUUGGAAGGACAACUAGGCAUGAAGAUCCAGGGCGAUAUCAAGGAGUGUGGUCAAGGGUAUCGAUACCAAGCUAUGGCUUGCUAUGACCAGGAUAACCACAUCGUUGAAACUUCACACUGCAACAGUCAUGGGUACAUUGAGGAGGCUUGCAUCAUUCCCUGUCCAUCUGACUGCAAGCUCAGUGAGUGGUCCAACUGGUCACGAUGCAGCAAAUCAUGUGGUAGUGGCGUCAAAGUUCGAUCAAAAUGGCUCAGAGAAAAACCAUACAAUGGUGGUAGACCUUGUCCCAAACUUGACCACGUCAACCAGGCACAAGUAUAUGAAGUGGUGCCUUGCCUCAGUGACUGUGGGCAGUAUGUAUGGGUGGCAGAGCCAUGGAGUGUCUGGAAAGUUAGCAAUGUGGACCUGAAAGGCAACUGUGGUGAAGGUGUUCAGACCAGAAAAGUCAGGUGUAUGCUGAACACAAGAGACGGCCCCUUGGAGCAGGUGGAGGACUACCUGUGUGAUCCAGAGGCGAUGCCUCUGGGAGCUCGUAAUAGCCAACUGCCCUGUCCAGAGGACUGCGUGUUAUCAGACUGGGGAGCCUGGAGUCCAUGUCAACUGCCAUGUACUGGGAACAGUACACGGGAGAGGAGGGCUUACCCAGCCCGUCAACCAGGAGAGGAGAAGUUGUGUCCUCCGACCACUGAAGGAGAGCUUUGUAAACUGAACAGCAAUUGCUUCCACUAUUCCUACAACAUCACUGACUGGAGUACCUGUCAACUGAGUGAUCGAGCUGUCUGUGGAAAUGGUAUCAAAACCCGCAUGUUGGACUGUGUACGGAGUGAUGGCAAAUCUGUUGACCUAAGGUUCUGUAAAGAGCUUGGCCUAGAGAGGAAGUGGCAAAUGAAUGCAUCCUGUGUUGUGGAGUGCCCCAUCAACUGCCAUCUGUCUGAGUGGUCAGCAUGGGCCAACUGUACCCAUAAAUGCGGACUCCAUGGCAAGCUAUGGAGAAGGCGGACAGUUAUUCAGGCUCCGCAGGGUGACGGGAGGCCUUGCCCAACCCAGAUGCAACAGUGGAAGCCGUGCCUUGUGAAGCCCUGCUACAGCUGGAGAUACAGCAUGUGGUCUGAAUGCAAGUCUGAGGGUGCAAGAUGUGGUGAAGGCUUGCGGUUCAGGAACAUUUCAUGCUUUGUGUCAGAUGGAUCUGAUCUACAAGGAAAUCUGGUGGAUGAUGAGCUUUGUGGAAAAGAAGAACCUGUGGUGGACGGAGAUGAAGAGAUCAUUCUGCAGGAGUCCUGCACAGUACCCUGUCCAGGGGAAUGCUACCUGACAGACUGGACAGUUUGGAGUCCAUGCCAGUUAAGCUGUGUGAAUGGGGAUGAUCUGGGUUUUGGCUCAGUGCAAGUCCGCUCUCGAGCUGUUGUGGCUCAAGACCCUGAGAAUCUGCUUCAAUGUCCAGAACAAGAAUUGGAGGCUAGGCCCUGUACAGAGGGCCAGUGUUUUGAAUACACAUGGCGAGCUGGACCAUGGAGGGGCUCAUCGCGGCAUAUCUGGUGCCAGCGUUCGGAUGGACUAAAUGUCACAGGGGGGUGCCAAACAACAGCCAAGCCAGUGGCUGACCGAUCCUGUAAUCCACCUUGCACCAAACCGCAUUCCUUUUGUACAGAGUCUGGUGUUUGUGGCUGUGAGGAGGGCUACACAGAAGUGAUGACCUCUGAUGGGCUACUAGACCAGUGCACAGUUAUUCCAGUGCUGGAAAUUCCCACUGCCGGUGACAGCAAGACAGAUGUCAAGACCAUCCGAGGCUUCAACGCCACCCAGCCGGCAGUCAGCUCACAUGGCAGAGUGGGGCGCACCUGGUUUCUGCAGCCAUUUGGUCCAGACGGAAAGCUCAAGACCUGGGUGUAUGGAGUAGCAGCAGGAGUAUUUGUUCUGCUUGUCUUCAUGAUGUCAAUGACUUACUUAGCAUGCAAAAAGCCAAAGAAACCAAAGCGAAGACAGAUGAACAACAGACUGAAGCCACUGACACUGGCCUAUGAUGGAGAUGCUGACAUGUAGGAGUUUUUUUGUUUACCAUACUGAUCUACGGACAUUUGCCCUGUAUGGAACCCUUUGGAAGAAAACCUCAAAAUAUCGCAAAACUAAAUUCAAGCUCUACCUUUAUGGUGUUUUUUUUUUGUUUUGUUUUGUUUUGUUUCACAAAAGUCUUUAUGACUUUAUUUAACUUUCUACAUCUGGAAGUUUGCCUUUCUCUGCUGUUCUUAAAUUUGAUUUGAUUGUUGAUUUUCUCACAGCUGUGUGGAAUCUAUAAGGGCCAAGAAGAGUAAUUUAGCAUGCUGUUAUCUUUAAUCUCACAGCAGCUAUCUCUUCUACCUGCCUCUCCUUUUUUUCAGGCAUCAUUUUGCACUAUAUUAGUGCAGCAAGUUUGACUCAUGUCUUGCUCACCCAUAGGAAAUGGCCUCCUUCCAGACAAGCUGGUAUACAUUGUAUGACAUUUUUGGGCAAAGAUGUGACUAACAAUGUUUUUGACUUCAUAUUAUGGGAUUCUGUAAAUAGGUUUGUUUGUUCUUCUGUUUUCUCACAACUUACAUUUCAAACAUGUACAGCUACUCUUCCUUGCAAGAUCAGUGUGUUCAGUGAAUAUCAAAUGAUUUGACUUGUAUCUUAUACUGAUGUUUAACUUUGGAUUAUUGAUGCACUUAAGUGUCUGAUUUAAGACCGAGUGAUGGGAUAGACAUAUCAUCAACAAUUCUGUUAUAAAAUGGGAAGUUUAAAUGGGUAGCGAAAUCUUACGAUCGAAGAUAUCUCCACUUUGGAGGAGUGAAAAAGGAUAGGCCCUCUGAAUACAUUUGAACGACCCCUUCGUUGUAUUUCCUGUUAUGCCUCCAUGCAUCUUUGCAUCGGAUCCCAAAGGCUAUAUUGGAUAUUCUGGUAUGGUUUGAUUUUUGUCCUUUGGCCCAGGCCCUUGACUUAUUUUUAUACCUACAAUGCCUUGUUUUAAUAUUGACUUUAAUAUUAAUCUUGUACUGUAUGUGAGUACAUGUUCCCAUAUGGCUUAGCAUUUAAAGGUAAACAUAGUCUCGAGUCUUGCUAAGCACUUAUAAAAUAGUUUUGGAGGUUUCACUCUUUACAACUGCAGAUGUUUAUCCUCUCAUAAAUAAAGUCAUCAAUGUAAGCUCAUUUGAAACAGUUUUGUUGUUUGACACUGUACCACAAAGGAUGAGCUUCAGGAGGCAGUUGCCAAUGUACUGUGUUUCAUAGGAAAUCAUCAUUUUCAACUUUCAAGCACUGACAUCCAUUUAUGAAGGUAUAUGAAAAGUACAUUACGUCAUUGCACUUGAGGGUACAGAAAGUAUACAAUGCAUUCAUUAUCAACGCUGAGACAUCAUAAUUGCCUCACUGUCCAAUAUUAUGUGAAGCUAUUUGCCAGUAAGUUAAAGGAAUGUUGAAUUUAUAUUUCAUUUCAUAUGAGCUGUAAAUAAAGUGAAAAAUACUUUUUAAAUUUAUUAUUCAUGUACCAUAUUUUUCUUUUACUUUUGUACUGAGAAGUUGAAUGAAAAAAGGGAUAAAAGCUGAAUGAAUGUGUGUAUGGUAUUGAUAAACGUGAAAAACUAAGUUUCAGAUGAUCUCUGUCCUUUUCCUACUGUUUGUAUGUAUUUGACUAAUUGCUUAUAAUAAACAA